CUCUAUCCCCGACGCUCAUUUCCUCCCGCCUCGGGCUUGCUGCCUCAACCCGACCUGUGUCCGCACCCGCGCCGCUGCACUAUAUUCGCCCCCGUCUCGCAUCUAACUUCCCAUACCCUCCGGCCUUCUAAACACUUACCCAGACACACGCACUUCUGAGCGCAGACUAUGACCGCGGCGCAGAAGGUGGUGAACCUCGUAGUCAUCGGGGACCUAAUCUGUCCCUGGUGCUACAUCGGCGAGAAGGAAAUGGAGCGCGCCAUCGACGCCGUCAAGGACCUCCCGCUCACUAUCAAGGUUGAGCACAGACCGUACCAGCUCCAACCCUCGCUACCCGAAGACCAGGCAAUUGUCAAGCGCGAGUGGUACCUCAACCGUUUCGGAAAAGACAAGUUUGCCAUGUUUGAGCAGAUGGUCACCACUAGGGGCAGCCAGCUUGGGCUCAACAUUUCCUACGACGGCACCAUCACACAGACUAUCCGCGCACAUCGCCUCAGCUUGAAGGCGCUGAAGGUUGGCGGUCAGGAGAGACAAGAGGCGUUCUUGAAUGCUGUCCACAAGGCCUACUUUGAGCAGGGAAAGAAUCUUGGCGACUUCGAGGUUCUCAGUGAGCUCGCGGAGGCGAGCGGGCUGAUGUCAAAAGAACAGGCCACGAAGUUUUUGGAAACCGACGAGUGCAGAGAAGAAGUGAUCAACAUGAUGGCAGAAGCUCGUAAAAAGGGUGUGACGGGCGUCCCGUUCACGAUCGUCGACGGCCGGUGGGCCGUCAUUGGUGGGCAGACGGCAGACGUCUAUAUCCAGAUCUUCAAGAAGCUGGCACAGACCGAGAAAGUGACACCUUUGUCUCCUGUCCCCGAUGCGCCAAUGUGCUCAGUCUGAUCAUCCGCAGGAAUACCCAUGAUCGCGAUGCUCGAUGAUGCUGCCGCUGGAUGAGGCGUAGCCUAGAGGCCAGAUAGUGGAAGUCCCGUGGAUUUGUGUUAUGUGACAUUACAUGUUGUAGUACUACUCCCGUUUUCCCGUGCGCGGUAUCUUAUUCCGAGCUAUCUGUUGCGCCUUUGACUGUU